CGCUCCCGCAGGCCUGACUGGGUCAUAUGACUGAACGGCGCAAGACAGAAGCUGUAGCCGGACAGACCUCACUCUCCACUGGGCAGCUAGCUGAAUAAUCCCUCUUCCCCUUCGACCACAGUUUCUGCAACUGACCCAAAGAUGGCAACUCUCCUGGCGAACCGGCCGGUGGAUCUGAACGGGCCCGAGGCCGCGGCGCGGCAGCACGCAGAGGCGGUGAAGAGGAACUACAUCUCCCAGCCCAGACUCACGUACUCCACUGUGUCUGGUGUAAAUGGUCCCCUGGUCAUUCUGGACAAUGUCAAAUUUCCUCGUUAUGCUGAGAUUGUCCACCUCACUUUGCCAGAUGGUACUAGGAGGAGUGGCCAGGUGCUGGAGGUGAUUGGCAGCAAGGCUGUAGUUCAGGUGUUUGAAGGGACCUCAGGUAUCGAUGCUAAGAAGACGGCAUGCGAGUUUACAGGUGAUAUCCUGCGCACACCUGUGUCUGAAGACAUGCUGGGACGUGUCUUUAACGGUUCUGGUAAACCCAUCGAUCGUGGCCCCACUGUGCUGGCUGAGGACUACCUUGACAUUAUGGGUCAGCCCAUCAACCCUCAGUGCCGUAUCUAUCCAGAGGAGAUGAUCCAGACUGGCAUCUCCGCCAUUGAUGGCAUGAACAGCAUCGCCCGAGGACAGAAAAUCCCCAUCUUCUCUGCUGCUGGACUUCCACAUAAUGAGAUUGCUGCUCAGAUCUGUCGUCAGGCUGGUUUGGUGCAGAAGUCGAAGGACGUGAUGGACUACAGCUCCGACAACUUCGCCAUCGUCUUUGCUGCUAUGGGAGUCAACAUGGAGACUGCCCGAUUCUUCAAGUCUGAUUUCGAGGAAAAUGGAUCCAUGGACAACGUCUGUCUGUUCCUGAAUCUGGCUAAUGACCCCACGAUUGAACGUAUCAUCACUCCUCGUCUGGCUCUGACCUCAGCCGAGUAUUUGGCCUAUCAGUGUGAGAAGCACGUGCUGGUCAUCCUGACGGAUAUGAGCUCCUACGCUGAAGCUCUGCGAGAGGUGUCUGCUGCUCGUGAAGAGGUGCCGGGUCGACGUGGUUUCCCAGGUUACAUGUACACUGAUCUGGCAACCAUCUACGAGAGAGCUGGGAGAGUGGAGGGCCGAAACGGAUCAAUCACACAGAUCCCUAUUCUUACCAUGCCUAAUGACGAUAUUACUCAUCCCAUCCCUGAUCUGACUGGUUACAUCACGGAGGGUCAGGUGUAUGUGGACCGUCAGCUGCAUAACAGACAGAUAUAUCCCCCCAUCAACGUGCUGCCCUCACUGUCCCGUCUGAUGAAAUCUGCUAUUGGAGAGGGGAUGACCCGCAAGGAUCACGCAGACGUCUCCAAUCAACUGUACGCUUGCUAUGCUAUUGGGAAAGACGUGCAGGCAAUGAAGGCUGUGGUGGGUGAAGAAGCUUUGACCUCAGAUGACCUUCUGUACCUGGAGUUCCUGCAGAAGUUUGAGAAGAACUUUAUUGCUCAAGGCCCCUACGAUAACCGGACGGUGUUUGAAACGCUGGACAUCGGCUGGCAGCUGCUGCGUAUCUUCCCUAAAGAGAUGCUGAAACGAAUCCCUCAGAGCACGCUGGCCGAGUUCUACCCGAGAGAGUCCGCCGCCCGCCACGGAACCUCCUAAACCCUUACCACAAAGAGAGGGGUCACGUGACCUCUGUGCACCCCCACCUCUCUCACCUCUUCCACCUCGGCACCUGUAUCCACCUCCAGAGAACCCCGGAGAACAAAGUACAGUAACGCUUUAGAUAGAGGGGCAAAUUCUGGACUGUGGCAUCAAGCUUCAACCCCGUAACCUGCAGGGUUGAUGGUUCAGGUGUUACUCAGUACGUUCUGUAAAUUAUUUGGCAAUAUGUAAAUGAUGUAGCUGUGCUCCUGUGCACUGGACUCUGCAGGUUUAGGGGUUGAGCUUGUUCUGAUAUAUUUAACAUGCUUACAGAUUUAAAGGGGGUUUUCAUGACGCUCUGAGGAACAGUCCUAUGUAUUUCGCCCCUUUAAAUAAAGUGUUGGUACUCUAGGCUCAGUAUCCUCUGUAGACUUGCUGUGUGUGUGAGGUGUGUGUAUGUUUCUGUCUGUGUGUAUCUGGAUGUGCUUGUGUGUUUGUGUGAGUCAAAUACAUAACUGUGAUUAGCGCUACAGUAGUAUGUUUGGUUUUGUUCAUUUUUCCUGGUGUGUAAGCAGACCUUUAAAUCAACAGAUGCAAGAUGCAAAUGCUGGACCCCCGAUCCGACCUUCCCUCAACACAAAGGAAAUAAGCGCAAAAAAAAGCAAAAAGGGAAAAACGGUGCAUUCACUUUCAUUUUUAAUCUUCAAUCUUCCAUUUAAUCCCUGUAAAAUCUCAUUGCUCCAUUGGUUGAUCAGCUGCCCCCUGCAUUGUGUGAACGUCUCAUGAUAGAAUGGACCAAUAGAGAUGCUCUUAAAUAAGGAAAUCUAUAUAUCGAAAUUCUAUUUUUAAUUUUUAUAGAAUUAAAGUUUUCAGUAGUGUUACUAUUUUGGAGGUGUGAGGUUUUGUUAUGACCUUGGUGAAUGAUGUUUGUUUAUUUAUUAUCAACAUUCCAUAUUCCAUUUAAGUGAUACCUGUUUGUUAGAGGUGUAACGAUGCAUUGAAAAACUGUGAAUUACAUUUCAAUUAUAUUGCAAUAUCAAAUUGCUGAUUGUGAUAUCUGUGAUGACUUAUACAGUUACAUUGGUUUAACAUCAGCAACUCACCACUCCAGCAUGGUCAUGUGACGCCCCACACUAGCUCAUGCUGUAACAUGGUUAAAGUCAUCAUCGUGCAUUUCCUAAGAGAACAUUAUGGAAAUAUAUCAAAUUAUAAACCUAGUAUCGUAAAUCGAAUCAUCUAUUUAUCUAUUUGUGGGCUGAGUGUAUCGUUACACCCCUGGUGUUUAUUAUUGCACAUAAGAACACAGAGUGAUCCUGAGGAGUCUGAUUUAUUUUAAUAACAGUAUAUUCUAUUAUAUAUAUAUAUUACAGAUAGUGUUAUAAAUAGGAUGACUUAGGUUAGGCGAAUUAAAGCAAUGUUUAUGAAGCUCUGUGAUGAGCAUUUUUCGUCGGUUUGCUUAGACUGAUGAGAUGUCGUCUACAGUCUCAAAUUAGCAUAUUCUCCAUAUUCUGAUGAGUUAAUAACCCCCCACGUCCUUCAGAACAUUCCCACUACCUUUAAUCUCAUUUGCGUUACACAGAGGAUGUUUACAUUUCGUGUUUUUUGGAGUGUUGUGUCUGUUCUCCAAAAUAUCAGGUGUUCUCCUUUCUCCCCUAUCAUGUUCAAAUCUUUAUUGUACACAGUCUGUUGUACACAUUGUGUGUGUGUGUGUGUGUGUUGAUUACAAGAUAAUUAAAUUAUAUUAUAUUCUCCUGAAA